GCGAACUAAUUCUCAUAACGGAGGAGAAGUAGCAGUUCGUGUCAUUCCGCACCGAGAAAUGGAAGUCGACACGACACGUUUGGUCUGUACGAGCCCUAGUUCGCGAUUGUUGUCAUUGUCUUUGUCGUUUUACGAAAAGGAAGUUGUGGGAUUUCGCGAAGUGACAUUUAAUUUAACUGAUCAAUUGUUUCAUUAAUUUGUUAUGACAAGAAGCACGUCAGUAGGUAAAGCCGGUCGCCGACCAUCAGCCGCGAUUCCGGAGAACAGAGUCUAGUCGAAAAAGCGCGAGACCGUGUUGUGACGUGUGUUUUGGUUUAGUUUUUUUUUCCUAAUUAUACAUGCUUGAGGGCUUAUCGACGUAUUUCCAACGAAUCAAAAGAGGUUUAGGUUACAAGUUGACAAGUUAAAAUUCGCAACAAAAGAAGGCAAAACAAAACAAAAAAAAAAUGUGGUGUCUCAUUAGCCAGGCGAACUCGGUGAUCCUCGAGGUUCAGGUAGACCCCAGGGCAAUUGGUCAGGAGUGUCUUGAAAAGGUGUGCGAUUGUCUUGGAAUCAGCAAGGAGUGUGACUAUUUUGGAUUGAAAUAUCAAAAUGCAAAAGGAGAAGAACUCUGGCUAAAUCUUCGAAAUCCUAUUGAGAGACAGACUGGUGGUGGAGUUGCACCUCUCAGAUUUGCACUAAGAGUGAAGUUUUGGGUGCCGCCUCACCUGUUGCUGCAGGAGGCAACCAGGCAUCAAUUCUAUUUGCAUUCACGUUUGGAAUUGGUGGAGGGCAGAUUGAAGGUUUCUGAUUGGGUAUCUGUGGCCCGUUUGGUUGCUUUAAUUGCCCAAGCCGAUGGAGGUGAUUACGACGCCUUGCAACCACCGCAUGCACUUUAUUCCCAGUGCUGUCAUAUUCAACCGACUGAACCUUGCGAACCAAAACCUCAGGACUUUUUACAUCGAAUUGUCCAACAACACAAGGAAAUUAAGAGCAUGAAAGCAUCGACUGCUGAAUAUUGGCUAUUAAAAGAAGUUUCAAAUUUGGAUACAUUUGGUCAAGAAAUGUUUAACAGUAAAUUCGGAUAUAAUGGAAUUUCAAUGAUUGGCGUUGGACCUCACGGAAUUACAGUUUAUCGCAGUCAAGAAGACGAGAUACAAAACAUACCCUACACGGCUAUACAAAGCGCAACUUCCCAGAGACGGAUGUUUCAUCUAGUCUAUCUUUCUCUCGACGGCGAGGAAACUUCAUUGGAUUUCAAACUCGACUCAAGUCAAUCCGCUAGCGGAUUGUAUAGAGCGAUUACAGAAAAACACGCAUUCUACAGUUGCGAAACUGUUAGAAGUGCCGUCACAGCCCAAUUUAUUAGAGAUUUAAAGGGAACGAUAAUUUCAAUAUUCAAUGAGGAUUCAACUCUCGGCAAGAAAUAUGUGUUCGAUAUUCGUAGAACCUGCAGGGAAGUUUACGACAAUGCGCGUCGUGCACUUUAUUGCGAAUCGGCAAAUAUAGCUUUACCAGAAGAAAAUGAAAUUUUGGAGAAAAACGAUUGCAAGGAUUGCGAAAAUCCAAAGUGCAAGGAAUCACGCGAAUGUUUGGCAAGGCUUUUGGAUGCAAUGCUGUGUCGUAUCUGCAUGGAUCGCAGUUUAGACACAGCUUUAUUUCCAUGUGGACACGCGGUGGCAUGUUUGGAUUGCGCAAGACGUUGCGAACGUUGUCCACUGUGUCGUGCCGACAUCGAUCAUUGUCGAACAAUUUAUCUUCCUUUGGAAUUGACGAAUGUCGAUAAACACAGUUCAAAAAUUUCCCUCAAUAAUAAUGAAACAUCGUCCUAUAUUCCAAAAACAACCGAAGUCAUUGACGAAAGGAUCCUAACAAAUGAGAUGGAUGUGGUUAAUAACAGCAUCAUUUGAGAACGCCGGGAGGAUCGAAAAUUCAGCGCAGUCGAGAGAAUCGUCAGAAUUUUCACAUGCCGAAUCGAAAAGGCAUAUUAAGCAAGAUUUCUUUUUAAUUCUGUUAAUUUUAAUUUUCAAUUUUUAUUUUGUUACCCAAUUGAAAUUUGUGAUACUAUUUUUUUUUUUUAUUUUAAUUGGCAAAUUAGCGAAAAUGUUUUUGUUUUUCUCAAUUUCUUAUUUGUUCGUACGCCUAAAUGAUGUAAAUACGAGACUUUUAGUUCGAAAAUUAUAUAUUUUUCAUAAAAAAAAAAAAAAUAAGAAAAGAAAACGCAAAUCGAAAUUGUUUUUAAAAAAAAUCGUUCUUUUCCUUCUAUAAUAUAGUGAUAUACAUAACAAAAAAAAAAAAAAAAAACGAAAAGAUCUAAUCUUUCUAAAAAAAAAAUUAAAUCAAGCAUCAAAAAUGAUUCUAGAUUUUUUUUCGAAUAUUAUAUGUAUAUGUGUGUAUGUAUGUAAAUUUUGCAUAAAUGUGCGAGAAUUUUUAAAUUUAAUUUGUAAAAUUAAAUAAAGUACAUCCCUUUUGUGAUGGGGAUGACAAAAGUGCUAUUAGCAGCAGAAAUUGUUCGAGAAAUAAUGCUGCCGCGAUUUUUGAUUAAAAAUUCGCGAUAUCAAUAGAAAGAGAGAAAGAGAGUAUGAUUGAAAUUACGAGAGAAAGGAAAAAAAAUUGAUUGGAAAAAAAAAAUGAAAAUGAGAGAGGAAAACUCGUUUUGAGAAACAAAAUCGAGAAAAAAAUCGAAAAAGUAAAUUGAGAAUAGAAAGAAUAUAGAGAGAAUUAUAAAUCAGAAAGUAAAAAAAAAAAAGGUAAGACAAAUUUUUUCAGAAUACUUUUUCUAUAUGAGGAAGCAAAAUAAUUGAAGUGAGAAAAAAAAAAUAUCUAACGAAACCGAGUGAAUAAGUGUGAAAGGCCCGAGAGAAAGAGAAAUUGAAUGUAAUGUGUACGUGAUUUUUAUUGUUGAGUGAUAAAUGGACCAACGUGUUUUUUAUGACUCAUUUAAGACAUUUUCCUUUCGCAGAUGUUGCUUCAAAGUUUUAGCACAUUUCCCCCCCCCACCUCCUUUCUUUUAUUUUCGACACUUUUUUUUUUGUAUCAAAGGCCUAACCAGGUUCAGAGGUCAUUGAUUCUUUUUAUCAAAAGGAAAUGACCCUCUGGUAUAAUAAUUAGUAUAUAUAUACAUAUAUAUAAAACAUGAUUAUUCACUAUGAAAAUAGAAAUGAAAAUUUCAAUUUAAAUUCCCGGGGAAGUGUCAUGAAAAUAUAUUUAAAAUUGCACUGAAUCGAAAGCAAAAUGAAAAUUAAAAAAAGAAACUUAACGUAAAAAAAAGAAAAUUAGUCAUUGAGUAAAAAUACAAAAAUACUAAAGCAAUAUAAAAAUAAAAUAGAAAAUUACACAACUUGGGAGUAAAAAAUAAAAAUAAUUCGAAAUAAAUAUGAAAAAAAAAUCGUAUUCAAAAAUUUCAUCGAAUAAAAUUAUAAAUAAUUUUAAAUAGUAAAAAUAAUUAUUAAAAAAAUAGAAUCAAGAAUUUAAAAAAAAAUGCAAAUAAUGAAAUAAUAAGAAUGGAAAUUUUUUGAAAUUAUUAAAUUAAAAAAAAUUAAUAAAAUAGAAAAUCGAGGGAAUAAUUAAAAAAAUUCAAAUUAAAUGGUAAUAAAAAUUAAUUGUACCAAAUAAUUUUUAUUGAAAUCAAAUAAAUUUUGUAAAAAAAAAUAUUAUCAAUUUUUAUGUAAUUUUGAUUUUAUAAUUACAAUAAAAAACGGUUUUCAACAAAAAAAAAAUUGUAAUUUGUAAUUAAUUAAUUUUAAAUUUUUAUUUUUUUUCAUUCUUUAAUUACAUAUUCUCAUAAAAUAACAAAAUAUUAUUUAUCUAAUUAAAUAAUUAAUAAAUUCAAAAUUAAUACAAAAAAAUAAAAAUUUCAUAAAAAAUACUGAAAAUUUUUAAUCUUUUUCAAUACAAAAAAAAAAAAUAAAAUAAAAUAAACAUUUCCUCAGUUCAGUGCAAUUUUAAAUAUAAAUAGGAAUUGUGUCAAUUUCAAAAGUACGUGAAUGCUACGAAAUGAAAAAAAAUCACAUCUACUCGUUAUAUUUUCACGAAAUAUUUACAACACGAGUAGAAAAUAAUAAUACUACCAUAAUAUGUGUUUAUAUGUACAAAUAAAAUAUAAUAAAACGAAAAUCAAGCGAAGUUAAUACGUUUACAAAAAAAAAAAAAAAAGAAAUUUCAUUCAAUUUUGUUAAUUCCAAAUUAUCAGUUUAUCACAGGAAGAUAAUACAAUAAAAAAUAAACAAAAAUCGCUUGAAACUAAUUCAAUGAACGAACACUCGGUAAUUGUUCUUCAUUUUUUAAAUAUAUACGCUUAAAAAACAAAAGGAGAGAGUUUUUAAGAAAAAGGCAACAAAUCAUUUUACGAAAGAAGUUAAAUAUACAUAAUAAUAAUAAUAAUAAUAAUAAUAAUAAUAUCAUUAGCAAAUGAAAUAAUUUUUAAUUAAUAAAAAAAAUAAAUUUACAAAAUUAUCAUUUCAAAUAAAUUCUAUCUUUUCUUUGAAUUUUAAUUUAUUAAAAAAAAAAAUUUCUUCAAAAAUGAUAAAAUUUAUUUGAUUUGUUCUGAGAGAUAAAUGUAUACGUGUGAAAGAGAGAAAGAGAAAAAAUGAAAAUUGUGGCAAUCAAUUAUAGUCAUUCAUCAAUAAAAUGUACACACAUAGUUCGUAAAAAUUAUUUAUAAGAAAAAUCGCUAAAUUUAAGCCCGAAAUUUGUAUUUACACGCAAUCGCAUUUGAUGUUAAUCAUAUAAAAUAAGAAUUAAAAAAUUUGUAACGCAAAUUUCUUUUUUUUUUCAAAACAUAAUAUAUAAGAAAUAAAAAAAAAAAACUUCAAGAUUUUGCAAAAUAGAAACAUUCAGAAAUUCUGAAGAAUUAGAAAAAGCAUAUAAAAUAAUAAGUAAGAAAAAAACAUUUCUCAACAGAUUAUAAAUAAAUAAAUAAAAAAAUUGUGAGAUUUAUCAAUAAGUAAGAAAUCAAAUUGUAUAAUAAAACAAAAAAAUUAAAGUAAAAUUACAAAUGAUAAAAAUAGAUAAUGAGAAUAGAAUUCAAAUAAUUUUGGGUGUAAAUACAAUUAUAAAACAAAAAAAAAACCGUUAUCUGCAAAGCUGUUGUCGAUCACUGUAAAAUUAUUACGACUGCUUAAUUAUUAAGUUUUGCUUAGCGUUUUUUCCCCCCCCCCCUCUUUCAACUUCUUUUUUUUGUGAGUUUAUUGUGGGUGCGACUGUUUUUCGAGGAAAGUGGACUGAAAAUUUAUAAAUCCCCGAAAAAUAUCUUUCUACUACUAUUGCGUGUCUAUUUGAAUAAUAUUUAAGAAUUACAAUGAUAAUAAUAAUAAUAAUAAUAAUAAUAAAUAAUAAUAAUAAACGAUUACAAUAAUAACGCUAGGAAAAUAACGAGAUUUCUUGUGAUUACGUCAUUGUACGGUAAAACUUUAAAAAAAAAAAAUAAACAUCCUAGUUCUUAGAAUCCGCAAAACGAGAAUCGAUGUACGAUCUCAUAACUCGAAAAAAAAAUCAUUAUUUGCAAAGAGUAUUUUUCAAGUAUUUCUUAUGAUUUUUUAGUAUUAAAAGAAACCAGGGGUCCACUACUCAUGGUGGCAUAAUAAUAAUAAUAAUAAUAAUAAUACAUAUGUGAAACAUAUUGAAUCAAUUCGAAUGACAUAACACAUAGAAUUACGUACCACAUCGUGUCCCCUCUUAAAAAUGAUUAAAUAUCAUAAAAUUUA